GAUAUAAUUUAAUUUUCAGACGUAGUAUCAAGUAUGGAGAUAUGUAUUGAGUUGGUCCGGGGUCCAGUCUAUUUAACAGGGGAGGAUGUCGAGUGUUGGGUCAAAAUAUCAAACACUUUAGAUGAAUCUGCAACCAUUGGUUGGAUUAGUGCCCAGCUCAACUGUUUCUGUAGUGUUAGUGAUGACAAAAUUUCAAACAUUGAUCCGAAAUCAAGGAAAAUCAGUGUUGAAUCCCAGAAUAAAACAUCAUUUAUCCCAACACAAGGAGAGUCCGGCCUAGCAGUUUUAUCAACGAAAACUAAAAUUUUAGCCUGUAGUUUGGAGAUCGGUCCUGGUGAGAUCAAAAAAUUUCUUUUCUCGGAGAAUAUUCCUCACAAUGCCCCUCCUUCAUACAGAGGAAACGCCUUGAAGUACAGUUACAAGCUCUGUAUUGGAUCACAGAAACUGGGAAAACCUGCCACUCUUCAUAGACUACCCAUAAGGAUCUUGUCAGUAGACACGUAUAACGGCAGUGUGCAACGAGAAGAAGAGGAUAGAAUGGGACCAAGUAAUCCCUUUAUAGAGGAAACUACCACUAAGGAUCCUGCUGUCGAUAUUAUUAUGCAGACGGUACAGGAGGUGACCAGUAGGAAGCAGGCCAGCUACUUUGUUAUUGCGAAUGCAAGAGGCAAAGUGUGCAAGUUCUGCUUAUACAAGAAACAUUUCAAGCUUGGAGAGGAUAUUGUUGGAAGCUUUGAUUUUACCGUGGGCGAGAUUGAAUGUGUACAGUACACUGUAAGUCUACAACAAGUGGAAACUAUAGAACCAGAGUUCAAAGUAAAAGAAGAUCAGCAGGAAAAGAUUGUGAAUCAGAGUAAACAGCAUGAGGUGUGCCUUGGAUUCUCUCAUUCUCAUCUUAUACUGCCUGUUCCUCUUCAUCUUACUCCGUCCUUCUCAACCAAUAUUUGCAGAGUUGAUUACAGACUUCAUUUUGAGUUUGUAACGAGUGUGAACCGACUGGAGAAGCAGGAGAUCCCGGAGGAGGAAGGCGGGGUAGAGUGGCAGGGCCCCACCAAGCUGGAUAUUGAGACCCUUGUCUGGGAUCUUCCUAUCACACUGCAUUCAACCUUCCCAACGCAUGCCGCACUUCAUUCCAAUAUUCCUACAUUCCUCACAGAUAGAUUAUAGAGAUCAACACUUUCCAGGAUUUGGUGGGAUUUUUACAACUACAUUUUCAUCUUAACAAUUGAAUAAGAGUUUUUUAGUUGAAUAAUUCAGACGGAACUAAAAUCCCUCUCCAAGUAUUUUACAUUAAAUGUUAAAAAAAAAAUACAUUAAACAUUGUUAACAGAAAAUUAUUUGACUUGGUUUUAGGUAUCUCGGUGUCCAUUGGUUUUGUUUAAUCUAUUCUUUAGAAUCUUUUUUAAUUGAGUAUUUCAUGAGAGAAUAAGAUGCAGAGGAAAUCAUUAUGUUUCUGUCAACUGUAUUCUUCCUUCCCUGAAAGGCAAGUUGAUUACUCUUGGUUGCCACCUUCUUGAGAAACAGGCUCUGUAGGAAUUCCAUUGCUACAACCUCAUCUACCCCAGCCAGGAGCAGGAUUUCGUCCUUACUUUUUAAGUUUUUAUGUGAUGUUUUCAGUAUUUAAUAAUUUUUCCAAACACUAUUUCUGUGUUACAAUCUGUGAUCUGUACUUUCUAGAUUUUUUGUAGAUUUUUAUUCAUUCGUUAUUUUACACAAUGUAUAUUAGAUAUUUAAAAAUAUAUAUUUCAGA